GAUGAUUAUAAUUAUGCCAGCCUAUAAAAGCAACUUAGAAGUGUAAAUCAAACAGGAUUAGAAAUAAGGAAUUGGUCUUAUUGAUCAUGAAUAGACAGACACUUUCCCAGUAUGGAAAUUUCGAGGUGGUUCAACAACGAUAUAUGAGGAGAGUAAUAAUGAAUGCAUUUUACAGAUCAAGUGUAUAAAGAGAGCACUGAGAUGUUGCCAAACAAGAAUGCACUUUUGAAAGUUAAUAAGUCAAGUAUAUCAAUACAAUAUAUAAUCAUUUUUAGAAGAUCAAUAUGAAAUCCUAUUGUCAGCAAUAUAGCCAAUCUUUAUCGUUGUCAAAGAUAUUAAAUCAUCUAAUGGAUCUGAAUAUCCUCUUGUAGUUAACUCCAUCAUUCGUUUGGGAAGAGUGUAUAAUUUUUAUUAAUUUAAAGUGAGUACAAGGUCAUUGAAGAAUGUAACAAGGAUAUGCAUAUCAUUUAAGCUCCAUGCUCCGUCAAAGUACACAACUAUGAAAAUCUAAUUUUAGCACUCCUUCCUCAGUAACAAUAAUUUGACAUAUUAAUGUAAGUUUUGUUUCAUGGAAGGAAGGCAAUGUAAAGAACAACUCUUUCUUACCAAUAUUUGUCGUUGUGCUGGAAAUGGAUAGGCUGUUCAUUUAGACUGUUUACGUUACUGGGUUGAUUCCAACAUUAUUAAAGAAGAAACUCAAUUUGGCUUGAUUCUUAAAUGGUUAUUUCAUUCUCUAUAUUAGGAUCAAAUAACAUGAAUGUUCUAUCUGUAAAGAAACUCUCCCUAUUCGAGUUCAGUAUGAAGAUCAAUAUUUUGAUCUUUUUACACUUGAAAGACCUGAUUUACAAUACAUUCUCGUUGAAGUACAUUCUAUCCAUAUUAUUAGAACAUCAAUAAAGAAAAGAACUUAUGCAAUGAAAUCUAUUUAAUUCAUAGUCUUCUUACUGACAAUAUUAAAAUUGUAAAUCUAUUUCUAAUAUUUAAAGGGAAGAGGAUUUCAAUGUGAUAUUAAAGCAUAAGAUAUUACUGUUUCUAGACAUCAUGCCACUAUUAAAAUGACUGACAGCAAUUUCGUUAUCCAAGAUAAUAAAAGUAAAUUUGGAACUCUCGUCUCCUUAGACAAAAAAAAUUCUAUUGAUUGUGCUGCAUGUAGUUUAUAAAUUGGUAAACUACUCAUUAAUUUCAUCUAAUCUGAUCAUAUUUAAAAAAGUAUGCUAUAAAUUAAUGUAGGUGCUCCUUCAACCUAACACAAACUUACUUAACUACCUUAAAUUAAUAAACAAUUAGAUGAAGAUGAACCAUAGAUGGAUGAUGACUCUUUUCAAUUAGAAAAUAAAUGAAUGUGCUUUUUUUUAAUUAUAUUUUAUCUUUCGG